AUGGCAGGACGUGGUUGCAACCUUGAGUGCGUUAAGGGAGAUGAUGCUGGUAAAGACGUAAUUGAAUUCAUGGGUCCUGUCAAAAUUAUUUUGGUUGACCAGCCAACAAAUUUGUAUAUGAGGAAGAGGUUUGCUGCUGCGGCUAUAGUAUUGGCACACAUGAUGAUGGGAGCAACUAGUAUGACCGUUUUUUACUACACAUUGAGUUACCAGAAGGAUACAGCUCUGUUCGCAUCGCAUAUAGUAUUAGGAACAGCUGGGUUGCAACUGUGCAUGCCUUCGGGUAUUCUUGCUGUGCAUAAACUCGCUGGUUCCACCGCCGUAUUAAGACUACCUCACCGACCAUUCGAACACUUUUUAUUUCAAUUUUUUGCAAUUAUUUGUGGCAUUUUGUCGGCACUGGCAUCUUAUUUCUUCGGCAAUUUUAAGAUCACGGUUCACUCUGUAACAGGUAUAGCGGUAACUUUAAUGGCUAUCUUAAAUGCUAUAUUUGGGAUAAUUGUUUACGACUACAGCGGCACGAGGAUAGAUCACACUGAAUUAGCGGAAGCAAUAUUGAGUCUUAACUACGCAAAUGGCUGGUCAACACCAAUGAGAUUAAGACAUAGAAGGCUUGCACACACAUUACUCCAAAUGUGUGCUAUGGCUUUGGCAAUUACUGGUACAUUGCUGAUAACGAUUGACAAAGGACUAUCUUCCAGCCCUCAUGGAUUAACAGGACUAAUAGCUGGUGUAUUAGCGUGCAUCGCAUUUUUAACGGGGGCUUGUGGUCUUUUCGGUGGUCGCAAUUUGAAACUUUUCCACAUAACAUUCGGAAUACCAACCUUUAUGAUGUCAUCUAUCUCAUUCUGUUUUGGACUUUUCACUAAAGAGUUUAAGGAAUGGGCGGGAUCGACUGUGGUGUUCAUUUUACUUGGUUUUAUUAUGUUUUAUACGUUUUUUAUUAUGAUUACGUGUUUUAUUAAGUAUGCAAUGAGAAUAUAA